CUGACACGUCUCUUGUCACGUAGCAUGUAAAGUAGUUGCAUCCAACCAUUAACACCCCCAUCAAGUACUGAAUUGAGAUGGCCAGCACAGACUGGGACCUCAUUUCUUCAUACGCAGGUCUUCUGUGCUUGGCUUCUAUCUCUAUAUACGCCGGAGCACAUGGUUCACUUCCAGCUCCUAAGAAGCAAAAAAGCAAUGGGCCGGAUAAAUCGGUAGUGCAAAGUGACGAAGAUGACGAGGAUGACGAGGGUGUGGAAGAUAGGCUCUCGUCUGGUGACGCGUGGCUUUUCCCAGUUGCAGGCUCAGUAGCGCUUUUCGGGAUGUACACUAUAAUGAAAUUCUUCGGAAAAGAAUGGAUAAAUUGGUUGCUCGCGUGGUAUUUUUCGAUCGCUGGCGUUGGCAGUGUGUGGAAGAGUGCUGCGUCGCUUAUGAGAUUCGCGGUCCGUGAUGAACGGUGGAAGAAGUUCGAUCGGAAUAGAGUGUUGGUUCUGAAGGGUCCACGAGAAUUGCUUUCGGUGUCGUUACGCACUCCGACAAUUGCGUUGUUUCCACUCGCUUUGAUACCCUCUGUGCUAUUCAAUACCUCGGAAACGAAUCGCAAAUCUGCGCUUAUAACAGAUAUCCUGGCGCUUUCAUUUUCGCACAAUGCUUUAUGUCUCCUGAAAAUAGACUCGUUCAAGACGGGAUGUAUUCUUCUGUCUGGACUGUUCUUUUAUGAUAUAUAUUGGGUGUUUGGUACGGACGUCAUGCUUACGGUAGCCACGUCUCUUGACGUCCCAAUUAAACUGCUCUGGCCCAAAUCACUCAGUUUUGCCAGCGAGCGCGGUUAUACAUUACUCGGACUAGGGGACAUUGUCAUUCCCGGUACAUUCGUUGCCUUGGCACUACGUUAUGACUACGCACGUGCAGGUGGGAAAGGCACAUUUAGGAAGCCAUACUUUUAUGCGACCCUGGCAGCGUACUUUACUGGCCUCGUCACGACUAUGACAGUUAUGCACGUGUUUGGUAAAGCCCAGCCUGCAUUGCUUUAUUUGAGCCCCGCUUGUAUAUUAUCAUUGUUGAUUGUAGGGAUUAUUAGAGGGGAAUUAGGCGAUGCUUGGAAGUGGAUUGAUGAUGGUGAGAUGAAGAAGGUUGUGGGGGAUGGGAGCGGAAAGGGUCAUGAGGGUGAUGGGAGUGUGGAGCAGGAUGAUGGGAGGAGGAAGAAUAAGUAAAAGUAAGAAGCGGGUGCAAUGAUUAUCUGAUGGAUUUACGUCGGGGGUACGUGUGUUUGAGUUGGAGUAGAGGAGGGAUAUCGCACGGAUGCCUGUUUAAGUUUGAAUUGGGUUGCUUACCUUGUGGUUAAUAAUUUGAAUUAUAAAUGGAGUGUGAUGGUGGCGCUGUAGAUGACUUGCCUGAGAUUUGAG